CCGCUGGGGCCGCCCUGUGCCACGAGUUGCCCAGCAGCUGAGGAGCCGCUCAUUUCCGCGUCGGCCCAGCGGCGUCCGGCGGCCGCGCUGAGGGCCGGGCGGGCCGCAGAGGGGGACCAGGACCGCCAUUGUUUUGAAGUUUCUGAAAGUGUUGUUUGGCUAACAUUCAGGUGUCUGGGGGAGCAAUGGAAGGCCACAAGGCAGAAGAGGUGCUAGAUGUUCUUCGACUGAACGUGGGUGGCUGUAUUUACACAGCCCGGCGUGAGUCCUUGUGCCGCUUUAAAGACUCUAUGUUGGCGUCUAUGUUCAGUGGUCGCUUUCCUCUAAAAACAGAUGAGUCAGGGGCUUGUGUUAUUGACCGUGAUGGACAUCUAUUUAAAUACCUUUUGGAUUAUCUUCAUGGAGAAGUUCAGAUUCCUACAGAUGAGCAAACUCGUGUGGCCCUACAGGAAGAGGCCGAUUAUUUUGGCAUCCCUUAUCCAUACAGCCUGUCUGACCACUUGGCCAAUGAAAUGGAGACAUAUUCUUUAAGGUCAAAUAUAGAACUUAAAAAGGCUUUAACAGACUUCUGUGAUUCCUAUGGUUUAGUUUGCAAUAAACCAACAGUUUGGGUUCUCCACUAUCUUAACACAUCUGGUGCAAGCUGCGAGAGUAGAAUUAUUGGUGUGUAUGCCACCAAAACUGAUGGAACAGAUGCUAUUGAUAAGCAGCUGGGAGGAAGAAUUCACAGUAAAAGCAUUUUUAAAAGAGAGGCGGGAAAUAACGUUCAGUACAUUUGGAGCUAUUAUUCAGUAGCAGAGUUGAAGAAAAUGAUGGAUGCCUUUGAUGCUUGGGAAGGAAAAGGUGUCAGCUAUUGGCGGGUGCCUCACGAGCUGAUAGAGUGCUGGACUCUAGAAGAGCGGCCUUUACUUGGAAGCCUGCGUCACAUGGCUCCAAUUCGAAAGAGGCGGCUGAUAACAUUCAGUGAAGAGGAAGAAGAAGGUGUGAACUGUAAGACUGGUCCUAAACCAGUCAGGUUUCUGGGCCCUUCCACAAGUACCCAGAUAAAAGUCAAGAACUCAGCCUCAGUCAGGGUGUCUCCGGCCAGCGCAGUCCAGGCCUCGGCUCGGCUGGUGACAAACCGGUUUCAAGGCGGCAGCGGUGGAAAGGCAGCUCAGCACUCUGAGCCCCUAAAGGCCACGUCCCCUGUGGACACGGAGGCAGCUGGGUGUUCUCAGGCUCCCUGUGGGGCCAGGAGUGCAGAGAAUGGAGGCACAGACCUGCCCCCAGCAAAGGUGUUGCUCUCUGACAAAAAGCCAACACCCCACCGAGUGAUAAAGCUGAAGAGGACUCCCCUGUGCAUGGUGGCGGCUUCCAGGCAGGCCUGCUGUCCCCAGCCACCUGCCCCCGAAGCUUCCAGCACUGUGGGUGUGCAGACUGAGAAUGGGAAAGAUGAGUCUAAUGGAUAAGAGUGGUGGCCUUGAAACUUAUGUCUGUCUUCCAAAGCUCCCAACCCGUUCUAUACAAAUGAGGGACAUUGUUUCUUGAUGCAGUGGAGGGGAAUGCCUGUGUUUUUAUACUUAGGGUUUUAAGUAUAAACAUAAAGAGGGGUGACUUUAAGUGGUUGGGGCUAUAUUUACUUCUCAUUUUCCCAAUUUUUAAGUGAUUAUUUGUCCAUGGACAGUUUGAAUUUCUGGUUUUUGUUUUUUUAAUGGUUAAUUUGUAUUAAGGUGCCAAAAUAGUGUUGCUGAAAUAAAUGUUACUUAUUGCAGCCCAGGGACAGGCAUGAGGUUUGGGCUUAGAUAUUCCUGUCUGGUGAACCGGAGAGGGUGAAGUAGUGCCUCCUUCUACUGUAUCACAGCCCAGAGAGAAAAUGUAGAUCAAGGUGAACUACCUACACGUUACUCUCCCUCUCGAACGUGAAUAGAAAUGAUGGGGAGGGAAAAAAGACACUAAACUACAUUGAGAUCAUACUUGGACUCUCACUUAAUUAAACUAUUUUCUUUCCUAGAUUGGCUUUUCUUACUCUUUUCUGUUAGCAGACUGACUUAUGUAUACCACAAAGAGAUCUUUCGGGAUAAGAACUAUACAACAUGCCUUUGGAAUAAAUGGUUAAAAUAUCUUAUUUUAAUUUGAAUAGUGAAGUUUUGAAAGUACUUUGAAAAAAGUUAAAAGUUUAACUUUUUAACUAAAGUUAGUAUUUGUUUUUCAGAAAUGACCAUUGAAGAGUCCUUCUGAUUAUACAUAUGAUUUUUUAUGCAUAAAAUUUCCAUAUAACUUGAAUUUAAUAUUUUUAAACAGAAUAUUUUUAUUAAUUCUCUAUUUUUUCAUGACUAUUCAGUUGUGUGUGUUUAUUCUUAGGUGUUAUGUUUUGUAAUUGGAUCACAUAUUUCUACUUUUAGUGAGCAGUAUACCUUCAGUGUUUUAAAAGAGUUCAUAAGGCAUGGUACUUUUUACUCAAAUGCUUAUCGUUGUAUUUGCAUUGCUUUGAAAGAGUAAAGUAAAUUUACUCAAAGCAUUGCGUUUUACAAAAUAAAGUAAAACUUUUCCAUAAAAAGUG